CCCCGCCAUAUUCCAAAUUAUAAACAUCCUCCGUCAUCUGCCUUUGUAAUAAAUUUUCUCUGCCAAAACAACUAUAAUUCAUAAAAGGGAUGGAGAAGAGAAGACCCAUCUCCAGAGUGCUGUCCCACCGCUUCCGCCCCGUGGCAGCCACCACCACCACAACCACCAUCUGUCCCUCCUCUCCGUCCUCCGGCGGCGACUCCCCUACAAAUCCUACAUCAACACAUGUAUCAACCUCCCCUCGUCGACGCAGGAAACCCUUUUCCCAAACCCCAACUAAAGUACUCCGCAAGCAACGCUCCGCCGAAUCCCUCAAUAUCCGCGGCGGCCUCUGGCCUUCCGCCAAGAACCUACCAGAUGCUCCUAACACCGGCGUCAUCGCCGCCACGCUCCUAGACCAUCUAAUCAACGACUGCAAGAACGAAGAAGAAGAGGACGAAGAAGCAGCAGAAAAUGGUCGGCCUAUGGUCGGCGUUGCAACACACGCUGCAAGCACUUUCUCCUCCCGACAGCGCGCCGCCGGCACGGACUCCCCUGCUUUUGAGAUUAGCUCGAGCAAUCCCCGAAAGGGAAGACGUUCUCGGUCAACAUUAUCAUCAUUGAAAUCGAUCAAUAAGAAACAGCCCGGAACGCCUCCCUCACCAUCCUCCUCCUCCUCCUCCUCCUCCUUUUCCGGACCCAAUGCUCCAUCCGCCUCCCGUCUCCCGCAGGACAGCAAGAAUAAGCACGCCAGAAGAAGAUCAGAAGUUGGCAUCGACUUCCCCAGCACCGAGUCCGACGGCAAAGACACCCGGAAUUCAAGAUCGAGAGCUCCCGUCAAGAUCGCCGGCAAGCUCAUCAGGAAAUCGGGUUCCCCAGUUCGGAGGUCCAAAUCCCCUGUUAUGCGGAAUUCGCGAUCGCCGCCGGUUCCAUAUAAUUCGCGGUCGCCGGUGUUGAGGCGGCAGAAUUCACCACCUGCUAAGGGAAUAAUCGGUGGAGGGAUGGGGAAUAUAAUAAGCAUGGGAUUGGGGAGCUUGUUCAGGAGAAAAUCAUUUUCCGGGGCGGGCGUAACAACGAAGUCAUCAUUGGUGGGAAAGGAAGCGGAUGUUAAUGGGUUGUCGGGGAGAAAAGGAAUGGCGGAGGGUGUUGGUUCACCGACGAGAGGAGGAGUGCCGGCGACAGUGGAAUUGCAGCAUAAGUUGAGAAUGGCGCACAACCAGUUGAUGCAGUGGAGGUUUCUCAACGGGAGAAUGACUGCGGUUAGCGCAAACAAGUGGACCACGGCUCAGAAUGCAUUGCUGGGCGGAUGGAUUGGGUUGUCGGAAUUGCAAACCGCCGUGACACGGAAGAGGUUGCAGCUGGCCAAUCACAAACUAAGCCUUAAGCUCCAUACCCUAAUUUCUCCUCAGAUGAAAGCAGUGGAGAGAUGGGGGAGUUUGGAGAAACAUCACUUGGCAGCAAUAUCCUCAACCAAAGACUGUUUGCAUGCGGUUGUGUGCAGGCUACCUCUAACUGACCGUGCCAAGGCUGAUCCUCAGAUACUCGCGAUCUUGUUAAGGAAGGUUACAAACUUAAUGUCUGCAAUAAACGGGAAUGUAGCGGCAUGCAAUACCAUGGCACAGCAAACGGUUCCUUUGGUAACAGAACUUGCGGGGGUGGUCUCAAAAGAGAAGCCGCUGAUUGAAGAGUGCUUUGAAUUGCUGGAAUUGUUCUCUAAAUUGCAGUUUCGAGAGGAAAGCCUGCGGUGUCAUCUUAUUCAGUUAAAAUCCUAGAAAUGGAAUCAAGUGUGCUUUGGAAUCCUUGCUUGAGUAAUUUUAUAAUAUAUGCCAAAUUCAACCAUUUUGAAUGGCUUUGUAAAUAACCGAAUAAUAAUAAAGAAAAUACCACACAGGUUUUUGAUUGAACAAAACUUACGUGUUCCCGGGUGAAUAUCAAUCUCACCUUUAGUUGCUAAAGAGAGAGAGAGGUGCAUUUGUUAUAUGGGCCAUAGGAAUCUCCUUUUAAGUUACUACACUCAGGAAGGUCAAUGUUGUCACUAUACCAUUGGCGAGUGUCAACUGAUUCGUAUUUUCAUUUGUAAAGCACUUCUAAGAUGCAUAUGAUUUAAACAAGAACGAGAGAGAGUAAAGGAUAAAUCGGUCGUGCAUCAAUACUAUUGAAGUCACGAAUUUUUUUGAAACUCAAAAUCAAAUCAGGCAUGCAAAUGUAAGCAAAUGAAGGGUUGAUAUGACAACUGAGUGAGGAGGGUAUUGAAUGUGCUCAAGCAUUUCUAUUUAUUUCGUUUUGUAAAAUUCUACCAUUUCAAUACUCAACAACUGAAUAUAGGACAAAAAAAAUUACCAAUAGAAUCAAACACACAAUCUAAUAGUG